AUGCCUACCGCUACCACAUCUCUACUCAUUAUUGCAGUACUCACCGUCAUCAUCUUUCUCGUAUCUUCUAAUAGUGAAUGUAUUGUCGAUGCUGCAGUAUAUCAGCGUCUAAUAGACAGCAAUAAAACUCUCCUUCACUGUGUGGUAUCCAAAUAUACCAAAACCUCAGACAGCUGCACAGUUUCCGAUCUAAAGGAAGGGUACACUCAACUUACUACGACUGGAUGUCGAAUUCAUAAUAUAUCAUUAGAAUGUUACUGCUCUGACAGGUGCCCGGAAACAGAGCUGGAUGAGCUCACGAACUUUUAUCUCGCAAAUGGCGAAACUUGGGAACGAAGCUGCAUUGAAAGUUUUGUCAACUCCUGGAAGAAGACGGAACGAACGGAUCCUAAAAUACCAUCGACCAUUUUGCCGGUAAACGUCAGCGAUAGUACCAAGACUGUAACAGAAACGUCACGGAAAAGUAGCCUUCUCACAACACGUGAAGCUACUCCUCAGAUAGAUCUUACUAGUGAAGCAAUGAAUACUUCUUAUUCGAAUCUCACAAGUGAAGAAGAGGGUCGAUUAUUUCGGAAGCAAUUGCUCAAAGCAACUACAUUCAAGCUGUUCUGGAUUUUCUCCACGAUGACAUUUUUGAUGCUCUGUCAAAUGAUUCUCAUCUCUAUGAUUCGUUUUGAGUCUAUUAACUACUUUAGAGAAUCAUCAUCACAUAGUUCUUCGAUUACACUUGUUGCUGAACGCACAAAUACACCAACUACCGUAUCAAGAAAUGCUGCCAGCAGAAUGUCAAGUUCGAAACAAGUCCCAAGGGCUAAGAAAUCAAUCGACGAUAUUCCACGCUUCGCCCUGCUACUCAUCGCUGUUUGCAUGCAUGACAAGAGAGAAGGAUAUGAUAUGAAAGUUUAUUUUUUUCGGAUAUUAGAAAGACUCACUAGAAUAUCCGAAGAAUAA